CGUCCAUCCAAGCCUCCAAGGUCGAAGGCCCAGGGCCCACUUCCCAAAUCUUUUCUCACAUUUCCCGAAAAGGCGAGCGAGCGCGGCAGCAGAGAGAGUGUGACUUGCCCGAAGGCUGUUAUUAUGUCAGCAGCAGUCACUCAAUUCAACGGCCUCAUCGUCACCUUCUUGGCUUCUUCUUCCUCUCCCUUCUACCUGCUCCCCUGUCUGAUCGCUCGCCCAAUUUCUCCGUCUAGUUCCCUCCGCCGUCUCUCUCUCUAAGUUACGCCACGCGCUUUCCGUCUCCGCCGUGUUCCUAGGCCGCCGUUGGUAAUUUCGGCUGGUGCUUCUUGAUUUGCUUUAAUCAUCACCCGGCCGCGGCACUAGGUUCGAUCCAUUUUGGUGAAACCUAGCUGGAAAGAGUGCGGCAAGGCUUUAAAGAAGUAAUUGAAAAACGAUGACCGAUUUUUUCACUUCAAAGCAUUCCGCCGCUGCCGCCGCCGCAAGUUCCAGACUCUUCUUUGCUGCCGUCCGGAGCACAUUCCGCUUACUUCCAACUUCUAAAGAGGGGAAGAAAGGCGAAUAUAGAAUUCGUUUUGGGAAUGGAAGAGCUGGAUUGAUAUCGGAUAUGCUUGGAAUAAGCAAUCAAACUCUUCGUAAAACACAAAAGAGAAGUUGCCAGAGCAAGAAUAUGUUGGCUAACUCAUCACUGAGUUGUACUGCAACAACUAUGUCAGCAGUUCCGUGUGCUCUUCGUGCUUGCAGGUAUGAUCAUGAUCGCCUUUGGAUGCCGAGGAGGAGGACCCUUUUCCCUUGGAUUAGAAAUGUGACUGCUAUUGUUUCAGCUUCAGCAUCCCCUGUUUCACCCGAUCAGAUGACCAGGGGCUCAACCCACCUCAAAAUGUAUCAGGAGGUUGCCAAAUCUGCAAGGCAAAAGUUCACCAAAGAAAUUUCAUUCCAGUCGAAGGACAAAGACAUCUCUCUAGCAAGGGCUCUGCUCUAUAUUGCUGCAGAGGAUGAGGCCUUCGUUGCUUUCAAUCAAGAGGUGGAUGCUCGUUCACUGCUCAAUGAGAGAAAAAAUCUUUCGGUGCCAUCUCAUGCUCAGGAGUGGGAUAACGUGGAGCAGAUGCCAUUAUCUGGGAAGACAAUAACUGGAUGGCUCGGAGAGUUGGAUAUGAUUGCCAAAGAAGUUGAGGCGGAGCUAGUCUCAAGAGAGAUAGGCUGUGAUCUGGUUGAAGUUCUGGAUGCAAUAAACUUGGUUCUUUUUGAAUUCAGAGGGUUCAAGAGGUCAUCUGUUACGGAUUCUAUGUGUUCAUACUUGCACACUUUUUUGAGCACUGGUUCUGGCAACGCAAUUUUGCUUAGCAUAGUUUACAUUGAAGUUUGUAGAAGACUCGGCAUAACCAUUGUGGGAUCCCGGGUCGGGGAGGAUUUUUUAAUAUGGCCCCAGACAGGGAAUCCAGAGGAGCUUUUCAGGGUGACUGAAGGACACAGUAUGUUUGCUAUUGUUAAUGGCAAGUGUGUGGAGGACCCUAGGUCAAGGGCAUCAGACUUAACCAGCGGUUCUCUUUUAGGACUUGAGAUUGCUACAAACCGAGACAUUAUCGGGAUUGCUCUGGCAAAUUUGAUCAGGCUCCACUGGAAACGUGCUUCAAGGUCAACUCGUGGAUUGAUGUUGACUUCUCCUCUCAGGCAUGUUCAAACUACCAAGGAAUUGUUAUGCAGUAUCCAUAAUUCCAAUGUUCCUCUGCUUCGGCCUCAAGAUCUCAGAAGGGCAAUAAUGGCUUCAGAAAGGCUCUUGAUUCUGCAGCCACAUAAUUGGUCAUUGAGGAGAGACCAUGGCAUGAUGUUGUACUACAACAGGGAGUACGGGAAGGCAGUGCAAGAGCUGAGUAUUUGUAUGGCUUUUGCUCCAGAGGAAGAAGCACAAGUUCUCGAACCGUUUGUUGAGAAACUGCACCUCUUACGGCUUGAGUCAUCCUGGAAAUCCUUAGGCCAUUCGGGUCAAUUGACUGUUUCUUAAUGACCCCCCAUCCCUCGUAAGCUUCUGAGUACGUCUGUUAUGUGAAUAUAUGUAACUUCUAUGGUUAGUGAUAUGCAUAUACUCGAGGAAUGCUUCAUUGCUACUAAUCUGUUACCCUAUGAAAUUCGAGAAUGACAGACCUUUCUAAGGAUCCAGGUAACAAAGGCUCAGUUCCUCUGCUGUAUCAGUUCCACUGAAAAUGAUGAAUAGGACUCGUGAGGUAGCGAAUGGGUUGGAUGGUGAUUUCUCAGGUUGUCUAUUAACGAGGUAGGAUUCUAAAAAUAUAGGUACUAAAUUUAAGGCUAAAAAUAUAGGUACUAAAUUUAAGACUAAAAAUAUUAGGUUAUAAAUUGUAAUUUAGAUGCUAGAUUUACGUGACUAUGUGAAAGUUAUGUAAGAAAUGAAAGGCGUCAGGUAGGGGAGUGGAAAUUCGUGAGAAUCCUCUGGUAAGAUCCGAACCGGAUUAAAUUUGUGAGAAUUGUUGUUCACUAGUGUAAGAAAUGUUAGGAUUAAGAGUCGGAUGAAUAAUUAUAUUUGGUUUGGUUUAGUCUAAUUUGGUUCGCUUCAAAUAUUAGUUAGGUUCAUUUUUUAAGUAUUCAUAAAAGCGAAACUAAAAACUAAAUCACAUUAUAUUCGAAUCGUUAUGAUUUAGUUCGGUGUACUACAAUAUCUUAGUACCUACCAAAUAGUUGCACAUCCCUACCAUUGGUUUAUAUUAUGAUGAAAACCCAUUUAGCCACCAAUUAACGGGAUAUGGGUAUUUGGAUUGAAUAGGUGAGAGUGGUUUGGGUUGGGUUGACUUGAUGAGUUCGGUUGAUAUUUUUCGCGUGGUGAGACAAAUUAAGUUGUAGGUCUAGCCGUCAAGAUAAGAAAGCAAAAGUUUUAUCACUUUUAGGAGAAGAGAUAAAAGAUAAUUUGAGAUAGGUGUGUUUGUGUUGAAUUUUGGUUGUCAC